UGAAAAGCAAAUAAAUAAAAUAGAUAAAAAAAGAUGAUAGUGUGUGAGUUGGAGAAUGGUUGAAAGGUCUAUUUAAAGUACCAAAAAUACCCAUUUGCUAGAGCAGACCCUCCUUUGCUCACCUCUAUAUAUCUUCUUCUUCUAUCUUCAUCUUUUUCUCUCCUCUAGCUAGCUAUUUCCCACUAAUAAUAACAUAUACACUUUAUUAUUUUCAUAGAGAUAAGAGUCAAAAGGAAUAUAUUUAUAUUGGAUGGAGUUUGGGAGUAAUAAUAAUAAUGAAGAAGAAGGAGGAGAGAGCUCUUCACAUAGAAAAAUGGGAAGAGGGAAAAUAGAGAUAAAGAGAAUAGAAAACACAACAAACAGACAAGUGACUUUCUGUAAGAGACGCAAUGGUUUACUUAAGAAAGCUUAUGAGUUAUCUGUGUUGUGUGAUGCUGAGGUUGCUCUAAUCGUUUUCUCAACCCGUGGACGCCUCUAUGAGUAUGCCAACAACAGCGUUAGAGCAACUAUUGACAAGUACAAGAAAGCAUGUAGUGAUUCUACAAACACUGGAUCUGUUGCUGAAGCUAAUGUUCAGUUCUACCAACAAGAAUCCUCCAAACUGAGAAGGCAAAUCAGGGAACUCCAGAACUCAAACAGGCAUAUACUGGGUGAAGCUAUAAGUACUAUGACUUUUAAAGACCUCAAGAGCCUGGAGGGUAGAUUGGAGAGAGGAAUCAGUAGAAUUAGAUCCAAGAAGAAUGAAAUGCUAUUUGCGGAAAUCGAGUUCAUGCAAAAAAGGGAGAUGGAGUUGCAAAACCAUAACAACUAUCUAAGAGCAAAGAUAGCUGAAAAUGAGAGGAUACAACAACAACAGAAUGAGGAAGAAGAGCAACAACAACAGCAACAAAUGAAUUUGAUGCCGACAGAGACCACUGCUACUACCAGACCCAACAACACAGACUCCAAUAAUAAUAAUAAUAAUAAUAACAAUGUUGAUCAAUCUGCUUCCCAAUCCUAUGACCAUCACAACUUUCUUCCCGUAACCCUUAUGGACUCCAAUCCCCACUACUCUCACUCCCAUCGCCCUGACCACACAGGUUUCCAACUUGUUUGAAGUGUUGAAGCAAACAUGGCCGGAAGGAGAUUUGGGGAUUCUCUUCUCUUCUCUUAUAUAUAUAUGUUAUUGAUGUUGUAUAUGUAUGUGAGUAUGCAAACCAGAAACUUUGGGCAGGACCAGUACUCUAGUACUAGAAUUUCUUAAUUAUUAUGCAUAUAUAUAUAUAUAUAUAUAUAUAUAUAUAUAUAUAUAGCUGGACUUUUGUUAAGCUAAGUUUGUACUAGUUGCUAAUUGAUAGCCAGCUAGCUUAUUACAAGCACCCAACUUUUGUUGUGCAUGCAUUUGCAUCAUCAACUUAUUAUUGAUUGGUUC